UGGUGGUGCCAUCCCAAUCGUCUUCUCUCAACUCCGUGACAAAUUGGACGCUGCGAUAAUUAUCCUACUCCCUUACCUAGAGAUCUCCUUCCCAACCUUGACUUUGCUUGAGCUCAUCGCUCUGCUUUCCGUUGCCUUGCUUCUUGUAUCAAGACAUUGUCACACUGGAAGUACCAAACGAACCAACGGUCGACACUGCCGGCGGUCCCCUCCCACCUCUCGAUUUGAAUUAAAUCGCUCGAUGUCAUGAUAUGUAGAUAACAGCUUCCUCGAGCUCGUUCUUCACGUCUUCAUUGUCCAUAAUGGCCUCAGUGCGCAUCUGUGUCUGCGGCGAUGAAGGCACCGGCAAGUCAAGCCUGAUUGCCUCUCUCGUCAAGGAUGUCUUCAUCCAGAACAAAAUCCAACCCGUUCUGCCCCCUAUCACCAUACCCCCUCAACUAGGAACCCCCGACAACGUUACAACCUCCAUCGUCGAUACGUCCGCGCGUCCUCAAGAUCGUACCACGCUACGCAAGGAAAUUCGAAAGAGCAAUGUCAUCCUCUUGGUCUACUCCGAUCACUACAGCUACGAGCGCGUCGCCUUGUUCUGGAUGCCUUACUUCCGAUCCCUGGGAGUCAACGUCCCCGUCGUUCUUUGUGCGAACAAGUCAGACCUGACUGGCAACGACAAUACCCCGCAGGUCGUCGAGGGAGAGAUGCUGCCCGUCAUGGCCGAGUUCCGCGAGAUUGACUCGUGCAUCCGGGCUAGUGCGAGAGAGCACCGCAACGUCAACGAGGUCUUCUUCCUCUGUCAAAAGGCCGUAACUCAUCCUAUCGCUCCACUCUUCGACUACAAGGAAGGGAAUCUUAAGCCCGCCUGCGUCAAGGCCCUGAAGCGGGUCUUCUACCUGUGUGAUAAGGAUCAGGACGGGUACCUGGACGACCAGGAGAUGCAUGACUUCCAAGCCAAGUGUUUCGACAAGCCUCUGACCCCGGAAGACCUGGACAACAUCAAGCAAACCGUAGGGAAGAGUGCUCCCAAAACCACGGCCGAGAAGGGCGUCGAUCAAGCCGGCUUUCUCCAACUCAAUAAAAUAUACGCCGAGAAAGGCCGUCAUGAGACUAUCUGGAUCAUCUUGCGCAAGUUUCGUUAUACCGACAGCCUCAGCCUGGAGGAUGGUUUCCUGCACCCCAAGUUCGAAGUCCCCGAAUAUUCCUCGGCCGAGCUGAGCCCAGCAGGCUAUCGUUUCUUCGUCGAUCUCUUCUUGCUCUUUGACAAAGACAACGACGGCGGACUGAGCGAUGAGGAGCUGGAGGCCUUAUUCGCUCCGACUCCCGGGCUUCCGCAGUCUUGGGAGGACAGUUCGUUCCCUUUGUCGACCGUCCGCAACGAGGCCGGCUACGUGACCCUUCAGGGCUGGUUGGCUCAAUGGAGCAUGACCACCUUCAUGGAACCUAAAACGACACUGGAAUACCUAGCCUACCUGGGCUUCGAACCCCCCACUCCCCGGGAAUCUACUACGGCGGCCCUUAAAGUUACCAAAUCCCGCAAGAGGAGGAAGCGACCCGGCCGUGUGGAGCGUAACGUGGUUCUUUGCUACGUUGUCGGUGCCCCUAGCGCUGGGAAAUCCGCUCUUCUGGACGCCUUUCUCAAUCGUCCUUUCGACCCCUUGUACCGCCCUUCCAUCAAGCCCCGUCGCGCCGUCAACAGCGUCGAAUUGCAUGGCGGCAAGCAGUGUUACCUGAUCCUGGAGGAACUCGGGGAGCUGGAGCCCGCCAUCCUCGAGAACCAGGCCAAGCUCGACGCCUGCGACCUCAUCUGCUACACCUACGACUCCUCCGACCCAGACUCGUUCAGUCACAUCGUCGACCUGCGACGCCGGUACCCGCAGCUCGACAACCUCCCCGCCGUCUACACCGCCCUCAAGGCGGACCGCGACAAGGCCACCCAGCGAUGCGAGCAGCAGCCGGACGAGUACACCACAGCCCUCAUGAUGAGCGCGCCGCUCCACGUCUCUGUGACUUGGAACUCCAUAUCCGAGCUCUUCAUCGCUUUGGCCGAGGCCGCCACCCACCCCAGCACCGCCUUCCCGCGCAGCGAGGAGCCGCCUCCUGACCGGACGUCCCUGUACCUCGCUCUCGGAGCGACGGCCUGCGCGGGCCUUGCUGCCUUUAUGAUUUGGCGACGCUCCACAAAUGCCCCCUGAGCGCAAUCAAAUGCCAUGGUCCCAACUCCCUCUUAUUUAUUUAACUAUAUUUAUUUAUUUUUAUUCUUCUUGGCGAGACAUUUUUAUAAUGUCAUUCACGAACUGGACUGCAUCUGCCGAAAGCGACGGGAAAACACAGGAGUUGGCGGAGGGAUGGAUGAGAUGGUUGAUUUGGACUCGGAAUGUUCUUUCUUUCUUGCUUUUUCUCUUCUUCCCAUCGUUUUGAUGACUUGUGAUACCCUAGCUCCAUACUCCAUAUUGCGCUCAAUAAGCCAACUCUACAGAAACUAUUUACGAACGCCGCGGCGAUGCAAUUAGGCUUUUAAUACAAACCAUAUAAUCAU